UACUUCUCGUUAACUUGACGCAGCGGAGGAGUCCAAUGGAAGCCUUCGUCGCAGCCCGGAGGAGACAAUCGAGAGCGAUUUAGCCCGAAAACUGGAGCCCGUUUCUGCAGAAGAGCUUCUAAACCGAGCGUUUUCUCCGUAGACCGGAUCCUCGGUUCUCUUCGCUCCGUUCGUGUCCCCGAUCGGCCGUUAGCGGCGGCUGCUCGGCCUUGUUUAUACUGUGCAAGGGGCAGCUCGAAGCAGGGAAGCAGGCCCGGUCCUGUUAACGAGUUUAACGACCGUUUCGGUGGUCCGGAGUGUGUUUCGUGUGGAUCGGCCCUUUAGCUCACCAAAGAAUAUGAUCCAGAUGCAACAAUGACAUCCAGAUUUGGUAAAACCUACAGCCGCAAGGGAGGGGAGGGCACGUCCAAGUUCGACGAGGUUCUGUCCACCAAGAGGGGCACCCUCAGCACCAAAUGGGGCCACACCACCUACAAGGCCAAGGUGGGCUCCAAGCGCUCCGGCGCCCCCAAGAAUGACUCCGUCCUGGAGGUCUACAAACGGCCCCGCCCCUGCGGAGACGGCCUGGAGGACCCGUUUGGGUUCGACAGCGACGAGGAGUCCAAACCUGUGUCUUCCCGCAGUGGCAGCAAGUCGUCGCCCGCCAAGCCGGCCUCGGCGGAGCCUCCGCAGGCCGAAAGACCGGACGUUUCUCAGCACACAGGGAGCAGGUCCAGCUUCCAGGUGGGAUCCCACAGCUCGGUGUCCACAAGAGUGGCAGCGUGGCUGGACGGGGACAAGAGUCAGCCCCAGGGGAUGGUGGACACGGCCCGGUUCUUAAACAGCAGCAGCAGCGCUAACACAGUGAAGUCCAAGCAGAGCUUGUCUUCAUCAGAGAACCAACACAGCUACUCGUGGUACCAAAACGCCUCUGAGAGCGACAGGAAGCCGCUGGCCCAGACCACCACUCUGAAGACGGGCUCCAAGGCAGAAUCCACCUACGACUCCUGGGAUGUCAUCAUGGGUCUCCGCCCGCCUUCGCCCACCCAGGAACCCCGAAACCCCGCCCCCACGCUCUCCUGGGUUUCGGCGGGCGUCACCGCUGCCGGCUUCGACCCAGUCCAGACCCGGCACCAGAAGCCGCCCUCCCCUCCGCGGCUCCAGAGCCUCAGCGAGAGCGAUGACAUGGGCGGCGAUUCCGACCUCCUGGAGUUGUCAGACUUCUCCCAGACCUCCACUUCAUCGUCACUUGAAAGAAACUCUAACUGUCGGACAUACAGGAGGCCAAACAAACAGGGCUCGGGCAAAGCCUCGGACUCCAGCGGCUUUGCGAGUACCGUUUUUGACAGUGACCUUCACAAAUCCACGUCUGACGGCAGCAAUAAAACGACAGGUAGUGGAGGGAGUCGGAGCAGGACGAGGGACUACACAGUGCUGCACCCCUCCUCCAUGUCAAUGUGCAACGUCACCAUCCAGGGCCGAGGUGUGGAGGAGUUUAGCACCGACGCAGCGCCUUCUAGUGGCAGCAGUAGCGGCGGUUCUGGUAGCACAACACAGCUAGAAGAGACUGGGUGGCAGCGGAAGAAGACGGAACAGCAAAAUACAAGGUCCAGGCCGACCCAGACCAAGUCAAAGAAGGACAGUAAGCUGGACCUGUUCGGGUUCGAGGACGCCGACGUCCACCAGGAGGAGGACGGAGCCGAGUCCAGCUACAAGAUCAAAUACUUCGGCUUCGACGACAUGAGCGACAGCGACGGCGCUGAAGACGACAACAACGGCGGCUCAAAAGAGAGGAGGAGGGCGAAGAAGGCCGCCGCCGUCGCCCAGGUAACCCCGGUGGUUACCGUGGAGGAGAUGCUCACCGAUGAACCGCCAGAUCCGUUCGAGAGGCUGGAGAUCCAGGAAAGACCAGCCGUCAAGGAGAGCAAGAAGAACUUUGAGAGGCUGGAGAGCAGAAUACGAACAGACGUCCUGGACUUCUCAGAGGAAGGACUGAGGAUGGUGGCCAGCGGUCCCAGGAGGCCGCCUCAGGGCAAGCCGGCCGAGAAGAACCCGGACACCUUCAGGAGGAUCUUCAGCGCACACAAGAAGUCUCCCACCAAAGCGGUGUACAACGCCCGACACUGGACGGUGGACAGUGAAGAGGAGCCUCCUCCAUCCUUCUUCUCCAAGCCCCAGACGGCUCCAGCUUCAGUCUCGGCUGGAGGAUCCAGUAAGGAGACGUCUGACUCCCAGAAAGACGACGGCGUCUUCAAAGCGCCACCUCCUCCCCCAAAGGUCACCAAGUGUGUCAGCGUCCCCACAGACCCCUACCAGGACACCGUCACCACGCUCAAGUGUCGCAAAGAACACAAGGAGCUCUACACGGUGGUCCAGCACGUCAAGCACUUCAACGACGUGGUGGAGUUUGGAGAAAACCAGGAGUUCACCGACGACUUUGAGUAUCUGGCUACUGGUCUGAAGAGCGGCCAGCCUCUCAACACCCGCUGCCUUAGUGUGAUCAGCCUGGCCACACGCUGCGCCAUGCCCAGCUUCAGGAUGCACCUCCGGGCCAGAGGGAAGGUGGCUCAGGUCUUCAAGACGCUCAACGACGCCCCACAGCACCCGAACUUGGCUCUGUGCACGGCGUCCCUCAUGUACAUCCUGAGCAGAGACCGGCUGAACAUGGACCUGGACCGGUCCUGCCUGGACCUGAUGAUCCGGCUGCUGGAGCUGGACCAGGACCAGGGGGGCGGCGUCGACACCACCAUCCAGUUCAGCGCCCGGGAGAUCGCCAAGAUGAAGGAGAAGAUCCGGAAGCUGUGCGACACCGUUCACAACAAGCACCUGGACCUGCAGAACAUCACGACGGGUCAUUUAGCCAUGGAGACGUUACUGUCCUUGACCUCGAAGCGAGCAGGAGACUGGUUCAAAGAGGAGCUCCGGCUGCUGGGAGGACUGGACCACAUCGUAGAUAAAGUGAAGGAAUGCGUGGACAACUUGAACCAGGAGGACGAGGAGGAGAAGCUGGUGUCGUCUCUGUGGGGGGCUGAGAGAUGUUUACGGGUGCUGGAAAGCGUGACGGUCCACAACCCAGAGAACCAGAGCUACCUGAUCGCCUACAAGGACUCAUCCCUCAUCAUCUCUUCUGCAAAGGCGCUGAGGAGGUGUGAGGGGAUGAUCCAGCGCUACAGCCGGGAGCUGAACUCUGACGGAGCCGUGGUGGGGAGAGCAGUGGAGGACUGUAUGAGGGCCAUCAUCGGAGUGCUGCUCAACCUGACCCACGACAACGAGUGGGGCAGUACGAAGACGGGAGAGCAGGAGGAUUUAAUGGUGACGGCUCUGAACUGUGUCCUCAAAGUCCCUCAGUUUAUUCCUCAGGAGCAGAGGUUCGACAUCCGAGUGCUGGGUCUGGGUCUGCUCAUCAACCUGGUGGAGUACAGCUCCAGGAACCGGUACUGUCUGAUGGAGAUGGAGAUGGAGGAGGGCCAGGGUCCGUGCGACUCCACCGUCCUGCUGAACCCUCAGCACCAGAACAUCACCAGCACCGGACCGCUCAGCGCCAUCGCCGCUCUCGUACAGCUGUUCCUCCAGCGGGAGCGAGCCGCCGUCCUGGCCGAGGCGCAGACUGAUGACCUCAUCAAGGAGGCACCGAAGCCCGCCCUGGACCAGAGCGGCGAGUGGCAGGAGACGGGCGGCGAGAUCCAGUGGGUCGCCAACGACAACGACACCGCCAAGCAGGACGACGGCAAGAAGGAGGCGGACGAGGAGGACGAGGAGCUGGACCUAAACAAAGCUCUGCAGCACGCAGGGAAGCACAUGGAGGACAGCAUCGUAGCCUCCUACACAGCACUGCUGCUGGGCUGCCUCUGCCAGGGAAGCCCGUUGAAUGUGACUACUGUGAGAGAGAACCUUCCUAAAGGAGAUUUCUCCAUCAUGACGGAAAUGCUGAAAAAGUUCCUCAACUUCAUGAACCUCACCUGUGAUGUCGGCACCACAGGACACAAAUCCAUCUCCAAGAUCAUCGACUAUCUGGAGCACUGCUAAGAAGACACACACACACACACACACACACACACACACACCGUCUCCUUCAUCGUUGUUACCAUCAUCAUCACCACCUCAGACGUUCGGUUCACUGGAAGCUGAACUUCACUGGAGGAGGUUAAAGUUCGGUUUCUCCGGUCGGUCCGACGUUCCUCGUGUUCCCGUUCAGCCCCAGUCAGUAUUUUUGCUUUCACUUCACCUUCUAAAAAAGCUGCUCAGAACGACCAGAUUGCUUUAUUCCUCCUUCAAAGUUUCCCCUCUUUUCGAUCGACCAUAAAAGCGACAAUAGAAGAGAACUGCUGACUGAAAUUACGGCUCCUUUGAACACUUGGUUCCCCGCUGAGCUGCCCUCCACCUCUCAGAGGAAUCGGGAGCGUUGAUCUUUGCAGGAGGUCCGUUUUCAGGCGGUGCUCGUCGGUUCAUAGUGGGACAUUUUGGGGAACUUUUCUUUCUUUUCUGUGACUCUAAAACACGCUGACCUCUGAGGUUGUUAAAGCUGAAAGUUUUCCUCUCUGAGAAUCGAUCCAGCUCCACUUCAAAGCUCGGCGUCUCGGCGGGACCCGAGGCCUCCAGACCAGAACCGUCGUCCUGCAGCCGCCUUCAGUUACCGUCGAGGCCCUGAGAGGACCUCUGUUAGACUGCAGACCCUCCAUCUGAUGGAGAGGACCUCCGUUAGACUGCAGACCCUCCAUCUGAGAGGAGAGGACCUCUGUUAGGCUGCAGACCCUCCAUCUGAUGGAGAGGACCUCUGUUAGACUGCAGACCCUCCAUCUGAGAGGAGAGGACCUCUGUUAGACUGCAGACCCUCCAUCUGAUGGAGAGGACCUCCGUUAGACUGCAGACCCUCCAUCUGAGAGGAGAGGAGCCUCUGUUAGACUGCAGACCCUCCAUCUGAGAGGAGAGGACCUCUGUUAGGCUGCAGACCCUCCAUCUGAUGGAGAGGACCUCUGUUAGACUGCAGACCCUCCAUCUGAGAGGAGAGGACCUCUGUUAGACUGCAGACCCUCCAUCUGAGAGGAGAGGACCUCUGUUAGACUGCAGACCCUCCAUCUGAGAGGAGAGGACCUCCGUUAGGCUGCAGACCCUCCAUCUGAUGGAGAGGACCUCUGUUAGACUGCAGACCCUCCAUCUGAGAGGAGAGGACCUCCGUUAGGCUGCAGACCCUCCAUCUGAGAGGAGAGGACCUCUGUUAGACUGCAGACCCUCCAUCUGAGAGGAGAGGACCUCCGUUAGGCUGCAGACCCUCCAUCUGAGAGGAGAGGACCUCUGUUAGGCUGCAGACCCUCCAUCUGAGAGGAGAGGACCUCUGUUAGACUGCAGACCCUCCAUCUGAGAGGAGAGGACCUCCGUUAGGCUGCAGACCCUCCAUCUGAGAGGAGAGGACCUCCGUUAGGCUGCAGACCCUCCAUCUGAGAGGAGAGGACCUCUGUUAGGCUGCAGACCCUCCAUCUGAGAGGAGAGGACCUCUGUUAGGCUGCAGACCCUCCAUCUGAGAGGAGAGGACCUCUGUUAGACUGCAGACCCUCCAUCUGAGAGGAGAGGACCUCUGUUAGACUGCAGACCCUCCAUCUGAGAGGAGAGGACCUCCGUUAGACUGCAGACCCUCCAUCUGAGAGGAGAGGACCUCCGUUAGGCUGCAGACCCUCCAUCUGAGAGGAGAGGACCUCCGUUAGACUGCAGACCCUCCAUCUGAGAGGAGAGGACCUCCGUUAGACUGCAGACCCUCCAUCUGAGAGGAGAGGACCUCCGUUAGACUGCAGACCCUCCAUCUGAGAGGAGAGGACCUCCGUUAGACUGCAGACCCUCCAUCUGAGAGGAGAGGACCUCUGUUAGACUGCAGACCCUCCAUCUGAGAGGAGAGGACCUCUGUUAGGCUGCAGACCCUCCAUCUGAGAGGAGAGGACCUCUGUUAGACUGCAGACCCUCCAUCUGAGAGGAGAGGACCUCCGUUAGACUGCAGACCCUCCAUCUGAGAGGAGAGGACCUCCGUUAGGCUGCAGACCCUCCAUCUGAUGGAGAGGACCUCUGUUAGACUGCAGACCCUCCAUCUGAGAGGAGAGGACCUCCGUUAGGCUGCAGACCCUCCAUCUGAGAGGAGAGGACCUCUGUUAGACUGCAGACCCUCCAUCUGAGAGGAGAGGACCUCCGUUAGGCUGCAGACCCUCCAUCUGAGAGGAGAGGACCUCUGUUAGGCUGCAGACCCUCCAUCUGAGAGGAGAGGACCUCUGUUAGGCUGCAGACCCUCCAUCUGAGAGGAGAGGACCUCUGUUAGACUGCAGACCCUCCAUCUGAGAGGAGAGGACCUCUGUUAGACUGCAGACCCUCCAUCUGAGAGGAGAGGACCUCCGUUAGACUGCAGACCCUCCAUCUGAGAGGAGAGGACCUCCGUUAGGCUGCAGACCCUCCAUCUGAGAGGAGAGGACCUCCGUUAGACUGCAGACCCUCCAUCUGAGAGGAGAGGACCUCCGUUAGACUGCAGACCCUCCAUCUGAGAGGAGAGGACCUCCGUUAGACUGCAGACCCUCCAUCUGAGAGGAGAGGACCUCCGUUAGACUGCAGACCCUCCAUCUGAGAGGAGAGGACCUCUGUUAGACUGCAGACCCUCCAUCUGAGAGGAGAGGACCUCCGUUAGACUGCAGACCCUCCAUCUGAGAGGAGAGGACCUCCGUUAGACUGCAGACCCUCCAUCUGAGAGGAGAGGACCUCCGUUAGACUGCAGACCCUCCAUCUGAGAGGAGAGGACCUCCGUUAGACUGCAGACCCUCCAUCUGAGAGGAGAGGACCUCCGUUAGACUGCAGACCCUCCAUCUGAGAGGAGAGGACCUCUGUUAGACUGCAGACCCUCCAUCUGAGAGGAGAGGACCUCCGUUAGACUGCAGACCCUCCAUCUGAGAGGAGAGGACCUCUGUUAGACUGCAGACCCUCCAUCUGAGAGGAGAGGACCUCUGUUAGACUGCAGACCCUCCAUCUGAGAGGAGAGGACCUCUGUUAGACUGCAGACCCUCCAUCUGAUGGAGAGGAGCCUCUGUUAGACUGCAGACCCUCCAUCUGAGAGGAGAGGACCUCCGUUAGGCUGCAGACCCUCCAUCUGAGAGGAGAGGACCUCCGUUAGACUGCAGACCCUCCAUCUGAGAGGAGAGGACCUCUGUUAGGCUGCAGACCCUCCAUCUGAUGGAGAGGAGCCUCUGUUAGACUGCAGACCCUCCAUCUGAGAGGAGAGGACCUCCGUUAGACUGCAGACCCUCCAUCUGAGAGGAGAGGACCUCUGUUAGACUGCAGACCCUCCAUCUGAGAGGAGAGGACCUCUGUUAGACUGCAGACCCUCCAUCUGAUGGAGAGGAGCCUCUGUUAGACUGCAGACCCUCCAUCUGAGAGGAGAGGACCUCCGUUAGGCUGCAGACCCUCCAUCUGAGAGGAGAGGACCUCCGUUAGGCUGCAGACCCUCCAUCUGAGAGGAGAGGACCUCUGUUAGACUGCAGACCCUCCAUCUGAGAGGAGAGGACCUCUGUUAGGCUGCAGACCCUCCAUCUGAGAGGAGAGGACCUCUGUUAGACUGCAGACCCUCCAUCUGAGAGGCCACACUUUGUUCUGUUUUUCACCCAGAACUUCACCCAGAAAAAACUGAGAGGAAGAAACUCCUGAGUCUUAAGAGACGGAUUUUACCCUGAACUGUGCGUUUACUGGCUUGGAGGAAUAAAAGUUCUAAACUCUUGAUUACGUUCCAACUUUCAGCCCAAAAAACAUUAUUGUGGCAAAAACUAGUGAAGCAGUUUGGUGAAUUUUUUUGGAUUAUUGUCGAUUCUUCCGAGCAAAACAACAACAAAUAUUCCAAAAACCCGUUGGACUUCAGCCAAAAUGUCAAUUAAUUGAAGGUGACUUCACGUUGUUGGGCUACUUUCAAUGAAUCAACAGCAAACGAACUGUUUUGUUCGUUAAAUUUGGCAUUAAAACGACUUUCAUCAUCUCUACAGAAGACUGAAGUUGAUUUUUUUAAUAUUAACAGUCUAUGAGCUGCAGCUAAAGGCUUUAUUAAAGAAUAUUUGUAGUUUGAUCCUCCUAAAGCUUUAUAAAUCCUUAAAGAAUGCAGGAAAUUAUUUAAAAAAAACAGGUGUUUCAAAAAUAUUUCUGUUGAAAUAAUGAUUUAUUGUCUACUUUCAAUAAAUCAACAACAAACGAACCGUUUUAUCCAUUGAAUCUGACAUUAAGACGACUUCUAUCGUCUCUACAGAAGACUAAAGUUAAAUUAAUAUUAAGAGUUAAUUAGCGGCAGCUAAAGGCUCUAAUUAAAGGAAUAUUUGUAGUUUGAUAAUAUAAUAUAAAUCCAUAAAGAAGGCAGGACAUUAUGAAGAAAAAAGCGUUUUGACUGAAAUAAAAAUGAUUUAUCAUCUACUGUCAAUGAAUCAACAACAAACGAGCCGUUUUAGCUGUUAAAUUCAGCAUUAAAACGACUUUCAUCGCCCCUACAAAAGACUAAAGUUGAAUUUCUAAAUGACAGAAAUGAUCAUUUUCUUUUCUCUUGAAAAACAAAAACUGAAGUGUGAAAUCCAUCAGCUGCAGUUUGACUUCUGUUCUUUUAGGCACCGUUUAUUAAAAUUAAGAGUUUCUGAGCUCCAACUAAAGGCUUUAUUAAAGAAUAUUUUUAGUUUGAUUCUCCUAAAGCUUUAUAAAUCCUUAAAGAAGGAAGAAAAUUAGGUUUAGAAAAGGUCAUAUUUGGCUAAAAUAAAGGUGAUUUAGUCACGUUUUUGUCAAGUUUGAGGCUAAUUUCCUGCAACGUUGGAGCCUACGUUUCCCACAAUGCACCUGUUUCACUGGAAAGUUUGUAGUUUAUCACUCUAACUCAAUGUUUUAAAACUGAAACUAGAACCAAUAAAAAUUAGCAUUUGCAGCUCAUAAAGUUGUUAUAAAAGAAGUUUUCUUUAAUUUGGCAAAGAAAAUGUGAAAAUUGUAGCUUGAACGUUGAGGAAACACCUUCGACAGAUAAAUCGCGUUAAUGUGGCAAAAACCCCACAAUAUUUCAGCUGAAAUAGAAGUGAUUUAGUGUCACGUUUUGGAGGCUAAUUUCCUGCAACAAUGGAGCCUACGUUUCCCAGAAUGCACCUGCUUCAUGUAUUUAAUUGGAUCGUUUGCAGUUUAUCACUCAAAGUUCAUAUUUUAAAACUGAAACUAGAACCAAUAACAGCUGGCAGCUCCAGCUCAAACUUGUUUUAAAAAGACACUUUAUUUUGAAACCACCAACUUUAAAGUAUUUUUGGAAACAUUUUCGAUUCUUCUGAGCAAAACGACGACAAAUCUUCAGAGAUUCCUCCAUCUGGGGUUCAUUUUCUUUUUUCUGAGCUCCUGGCUGACGGUUCGCCAUUUGAUUUUUUUUUUUUUUUUUAAUUAAUUUUUUUCCUCGUUUUCUUCGUCUCACAGCUCAUCCUGUUUUCUGUUCCGGUCGCCGUCACACACAGUUCAACCCUCACACUCCUUUUUCUCUUUAAAAAAAAAAACAAGUUUACAAGAGCUUUAUUGGCAGACGUCUGGAAGAAUGAAUGGAAGAGCGUUUUGUUUUUGUACAUAGUUCUGUACAUAGAUGGAUUUCCUCACGUAGGAGGAGGGUCAAGGGUCGGUUCGGGGGCCGCGGGAGGGUCGGGGUUAAAUUUAAAUUUAGACUGUAGACUCUACUUUUCUGGAUCUGACUCUAUUUUUCAUUUUCUAAAGCCUUUUUCUCCCGGUCGUGUUGUUGUUUCAGACAGAGAGCUUCUUAACAAGCCAACUGCAGGAAAACUUGAUCUUUGUACCAAUUUGCAGACUGAUGUCUUUGGUUACCUGUACAUAAUUUUAAAAAAAUAAAAAUUGCUACUUUCAGUAAA